AUGUCCACACGCGGUCGCGGUGGCAAGUUUGCUAAGCCCAAGCGCGGAGGCGGCAAGCACUUCUCGCGGGACCUACAACCGCUUAACGCAGAUGGCGAGGUCGUUGGCAUGUGGGGUGAGCCUGUCAAGGAAGAAUCUGAAGAUGAGGAGGAGGAGGAGUCCUCGGAAGAAGAUUCCAGCGGAGACGAGAACGCGAAGCCGCAGGCAGAGAUGACUCGUGAGGAGCGCCGCGCUGCAGCCAAAGCCCGCAAGCAGGCCGCCAUCGCAAAGCAGAACCAGAAGGUGCCCGAAGCCGGUGAUCUCCCUUCGUCCUCAGAAGAGGAGUCCGACGACGACGACAUGCCUGCGAACCCCAACCACACAGCGAAGGCCCGCAACCAGGCUGCCAAGGCACCCGAGCCCGUCGACGCUCCCGCUAAGGACAAGGGCAAGGGCAAGCAGGACCUGAACCAGCUCAGCCGACGUGAGCGCGAGGCUGUACAGGCACAGCAGGCGAAAGAGCGGUACGAGAAGCUACACGCUGAGGGCAAGACCGACCAGGCGCGUGCUGAUCUUGAGCGCUUGACGCUUGUGCGCGAGCGCCGUGAGGCCGAAGCAGCAAGGAAGAAGGCUGAGGCUGAAGAGCGCGCUGAGCACGAGAAGGCGAAGAAGGAACAGAUCGAGCGCGAUGAGCGGCGGAGAAUAGCUGCCAUGGGCACCAAGCGCGGCGGCAAGAAGGGAUCGAAAAAGUAA